UGAAACCAACCUUAAACUUUUCUUAUCUCCGCCCUAAAGGUAGCCCCGAUUAUUACUGACUUAAGCAUCGAAGUGUCUACCCCGAGUUCCACCUCGGGGCUUUGCAGGUCAUUCCGGAGUGCAAGCGUGGACUGGAGAAGGACUUCUGGUUUGGUGCAAUUACAGUCUUCUUAUUUGUAGGACGGUAAUAAUUGGAUGGACUCACAUGUGGCAUCAUUUUCAGGGAUUGAUCCCUCCUAUUCUUUACCAGAUAAUGUUGCUGUGAUAACUCUCCAGGAGCUUGAAAAUGGAAAAGUGCUCCUUAGGUUGGCACACCUAUACGAGAGUGAAGAGGACAAGGACUAUUCUGUAAUGUCUAGUGUGGAACUGAAAUGGCUGUUUCCAAACAAGAUGAUAAAUAAAGUUACAGAGAUGAGCUUGUCUGGCAACCAAGAAAGGACGGAGAUGGAAAAGAAGAGGUUGGUUUGGAAAGUGGAUCCAAGCUCUGCAGCAGAAGAAGGGAAGGUAGUGCAGAGGGGAGGAGCGGUUGAUCCUGGGAAGCUGGUGGUAGAACUUGCUCCGAUGGAAAUCCGUACUUUUGUCAUUGACUUUGAUUAUCUGAGAGUGUUUGAUGCUUGACACAGAAAAUGUCCGUCUCCUCCUAUACUAUUGUCCGAAUGGUGAAAUCAAUGUGCUGUUGUUUGUAAUAUAGUGCUAUAUGGUAUUAGCAAAAGGAGAGUUGUAUACAUGGAACAUGCCUUUUUCAUGUCCUUUAAAUUGUCCCAAUGGUUAUGAGCUUGAUUUCUAUAUUAAAAAUC